AUGGUCUCCUUCAGGCUGCCCUCGAGGAGCGGCCUGGUUGCUGCAAAGGCCGAGGAGGCUGAGGAGGAGAGCGUAAGUGGCAGCAGCAGCAGCGACAGCUUCGUGGACGGUGUGCUCGAGGGGCCGGCAACGCCGGACGGUGCUGCCCAGCCCGCCGCCGCCGCUCUCGUGGGCAAGAAGUACUGGCCGCAAGAUGAGGAAGUGUCGGCGGUGCUCAGCCAGCUAGACCAAGAAGACAGGGAGAUCUGCGAUGCUGCCAUGGCGAACAGGUACCUGCGGGCCACGGGGGGUGACGCCAGGCAUGCGCUCAGGCGCAUCCGCGACACGCUGGCGUGGCGGCGCGAGGAGCGUCCCGAGGGCAUCGUGUGCACGGCGUGCGCCGCCAACCGCAAGAGUCACUACAUGCAGGUGGUGGGGCACGACCUGGUGGGGCGCCCAUGCAUCUACAGCUGCCUGGCGCUGGCCACCAACCGAGACGUGGAGGACAACCGCAAGCACAUGAUAUCCACGUUCGAGCAGGCGAUCCGCCUGAUGCCGCAGCAGUCCGCGACGGCGGCGCAGGGCGGGCGCCCCGUCGAGUCGUGGGUGUGGGUCAUGGACUUCCACGGCUUCUCCAUCCGCGACUGUGACCCGCGCCUGGCCAAGAUCUUCCUCAACCUGUCUGCGGCGCACUACCCCGAGCGCCUGGGCACCUUCUUCAUCGUCAGCGCGCCCACCGUGUUCAACACGCUCUGGCGCGCCAUCUCCCGCUUCAUUGACCCAGUCACCAAGCAGAAGAUCCACUUUGUGGACUUCAAGAGCAAGAAGGACAACGGCAAGCUGGAGGGGCUGCUGGCGCGCUACUUUGACGCCGCCACGUGCCACUGGCUGCUGCGGGAGAUGGAGGACAACCGCAACAAGGGGCUGGCCGUCAGCAAGGCGUACAGCUACCCAGACCUCAGCAAGCUGGCGUCGUCGGGACGCGAGGCGCCCGACGUGUCGGCGGCCUGCGAGGUGCGCAGGAAGCAGUCCACCUGCCAGCAGCACGACCACCUGGGCAGCCCCGCCUUCCUGGAGGCGGUGGCGGGGAAGCCAGACCUGCUGCUGCCGCACCUGCAGCAGCUGAGUGUGCAGGAGGACGCCGCCGCGUAG